UAAGUACAGCGGGGGGGAAUGGUGCCUGCAGCUGCCAGGUACGGAGGGAGGCCGCCAUUCAGCCCCAUCACCCGCCUCCCCCAAAUCCCGGGCACAUUCUUUCAGAUAUUUAUCAAUCCUUCCUCUGAACGCUACAACUCAGCCCACCUCCAGCCCUGGCAUUGCAUUCCUGACCCUAACCACUCGCCGCGUUAGAAAGAAAUCUUGCUGUCACUUUUGGCAUCACUCUGUGUCCCGCGGUUCUUCACCUCGUCAGUGGGAGAAGUUAAUGCCUUGCUAGCUUUAUCAAGAAGUUAUGGAAUUGCUGUCUGUCUUGGAGCCAGAGGAAAGUCCCCAAAUAGCAACAUGGUAUGCUUUUGUACCCAGAGGGGAGAGUCCAGAUGUCCGUGUUGGUCACACUCUCACAUAUAUUCCAGAUACCUCUGGGAAAGGGAAGGUUAUUAUAGUUGGAGGAGCAAACCCUAAUGGAAGCUUUUCUGAUACCCAUAUCUUCGAUCUGGACAAACAUGAAUGGGACAUACCCGAGUGGAAGGGAUUACUGCCACGAUAUGAACAUGCCAGCUUUGUUCCAGUGACUGCACCUGCUGGCCUGUGGAUAUUUGGUGGUGCAGAUGAAUGUGGAAACAGGAACUGUGUCCAAGUUUUGAACUUCGAGACUGGAGAGUGGAGAAGUCCAGCAGUAAAUGGGACACCACCGACACCUAGAACAUGUCACGGUUCUACUGCAGCUAUUGGAAAUUGCCUCUAUGUUUUUGGUGGAGGAGACAAGGGAGCGGAGCCUGUACAAGAUCCACAACUCCAUGUAUUUGAUAAAGCAACACUUAGCUGGUCACAGAAAUCAACAGAAGGAGAACCACCAGCCCCAAGGCAUGGCCAUGUGAUGGUUGCUGUAGGUAACAAGUUAUUCAUUCAUGGAGGAUUAGCAGGAGACAAGUUCUUUAAUGAUAUGUAUACCAUUGAUACUGCUGCAGCUAAUAUGAAAUGGAAGAAAGUAAAAAUGAAGGGUGAUAUCCCAGGUGGGCGGGCAGCUCAUUCUGCAGUUACCCAUGAGAAGUACCUUUUCAUCUUUGGUGGUUUGGAUGCCACAGGAGCACUGAACACCAUGUACAAGUAUCAUAUUGAAACACAAUGCUGGACCUUAUUGAAGUUUGAGUCCUCCCUGCCUGCAAAAAGAUUGGAUCAUGCCAUGUGUGUUAUACCCUGGAAAGUAAGGAAAGCUGAAACAUGUGCUCCUGGACCAAGUGAUAAACAAGCAGCUGAAGAGAAUGAGGAAUGUAUCAAGCAAAGUGAUAAUGAGAGGCAUCCUACCCCUGUAGAUUGCUCAGUUCAAAGUCACACAAACAUUGUGCAUCUGUGCUUGAUAUUUGGUGGUAUGGACACACAAGGUGAAAUCUACAAUGACUGCUUUGUAACUCUUCUCAAGGGCUGCUAAGUGCACAUUUUUCAGUUCAGCUUGUAUCCUGCUCCUCUACAUUGUCUUCUGCAACAGAGCCUUGUAAACAAUUGGUCAUUUGCAAGCUAUGUUCAAGACAAGACUGGUACUGCACCUAUGUGAAAACCAAAAUUCAGAUUGUUCAAAUUAUGCUCAUAAUAGUUAAGUCUGGAACUCCAGGCUGUCAAAAAAAAUGUAUUAGAGUAUUGACUAUGACCUUGUGAUCUUCUAGAAAUAAUAAUGCAUUGUCAGUAACCUUCUAAUUAGUUCCAUAAAGCACAUCCAUAUGGCCCAGUGAGCCAUCCAUGCUCAAGGUUUACCUGUUUGUCUUGCAUCAAAUUCUGGAGUAUGCCUAAAACAGCACAUGAAAUCCCCUCUAGGUAUUUGGAUGGUAGCUGCAGUAAUGUAUUAAUGGUCAGUUAAAUUGCCUCCCAGUGCAGGAACUUAGUGAUUCUCAGAAUUGUGGUUCUGAUGGGCAGAGUAAAAUGCAAUCUGAGGCAUCCAAAUGCUUAAUAGACUAUCUAUUCUUCCUGUCUUGCUAAUGUUAAUAGGAAUAACAGCUACACUAUGAAUAGUGACUGACUAGUAGCCAAUAUAAUUACACAGCAGAUUGUCAUUAAAUAACAUACUGCAGGUAGAUUUUGUAACUGAGUCAUAGAUAUACAGCAAGGAAACAUGCUAAGAGUCCAUACCUCCAACCACUUAUUUACAUACCCUACAUUAAUCCCUAUUUUUAGCCCCAAAUUGUACCCCUCACCUACACUUAACUCUUACUUUAGGAUGUGGGAGGAAACCUAUGCAGGUCACAGGACAUACAAACCACACCAAUAGCACCUAAAGUCAGGAUUGAACCUAGGUUGCUGGUGGUGCAAGGCAGCAGCUAUAAACUGCAUCACUGUGCUGCCCUAACAGAACUGAGAUAGCCAAAAACCUGAAAUGUUCACAGUGGCAAUCCAGAUGCAAGGUAGAGGAGUAAAUGUUGGAAGAGAAAGCUUAAAUUUAACAGGUUAAAUCACUGGACAAAGUCAUCUUUCAGUAUGUGUGGUCAAUGCAAUGAAUUGCUUUCAUUGGUCAGUACAAUUCAAAAUUCAAGCUUAGUUGAACACAAGCUUGAAAAUACCUGGACUGCUGAAAAAUCUGUCACAGCCAUCACUGAAGUUUCUUCAGCACAUGCUUCACUUACAACUUGAAAAUGUAAUUGUAUUCAAGACACUAUUGUACUUUAUUCAAUUGCUCCAAGAAUAUUAACAGACCAAUGUGUUACUACUUUCUCCAAAAAUGAGAAAAAUUGGUAAUACGCAGACCAGGGGCUGAACUUGCUUAGCUGUGAUAUUGUUUGAAAUGUGAAUUUAAAGAUAGGACAUCCUAAUCUAUAUUAAAAACUUGUACAUUAAAGGAUUAGACUGAAUGCAACUUGCAAAUUGAAUGAGGCCAAGUCAAAAAAAAAAUCAGCUUUGUGAUGUACUUAUGGUCUGAUUGAAGAUUAAAUUUCUCCAUUGCCAAAUAACUGGAGACAUUCAAUUCUGCAAUAUUAACUACAGAUUAUUCUAGUGUUAAUGCUAGAAAUAGUAACCAUUGUUGGUUUGGUAGACCCAUUUAAAAGUUACUGUAAGUCUGGACCAAGCUUCUGUAGCUCAAUUUACUGACAAGUCCUACACAAGACUCAUUUGGAAAGUAGUGUGUGACCCAACUAGUUCACAUUUAAGUCAGAUUCUAUAGUGAAGUUGCAAAUUGAUGAAAUGCAGCAAUGAGAAACAAACUUGCAACCAUAGAACAGUCACCAAUACUGGUGGGCCUUUAACUUCAAAUGUAAGGAUGCUCAAAAAAUUUUAAUAUCAAACAUAACAUUUAUUGGUCAUCAGUAGAAAAUGUCUUCUACACUUACACAGACCAAACAUGAGAUUUCAAAUAAAUAGAAAAAUGUG